AUGAUAGACGGAAGCGCCUCAACUACACUGGACCCUGCAACUGCUGGCUCUCCUAUCCAGAAAAUUCCCCUUGAAGUCCUUCUACGCAUCACCCACUUUCUCACCACCCCAGAGCUUGGCAAGCUCCGCCUGAUGUGCCGCUCCAUUGAGCAGGCUCUCUACACGUCCUUUACCAAUGAGUUCUUCACGCGCAAGCAAUUCAUGAUCUCGGAACAAAGUCUCCAGGCCUUAAUCGAUAUCUCCAAGAGCCGCCUCAGUCGCCAUCUCCGCAAGGUGCACAUUGGUUUGGACCGUUUCCCUCAAGUCCCUCACAUCCGCGGCAACGACCCCCAGAGUCUGCGUCUGGCAGAGUAUUAUACCGGGCAGUUCACACUCCUUAGCAAUGGGUAUCACCGCGAGAUGCUUGUCGAGGCAUUCCGCAACUUGAAGCACCUUGAGGAUGUUGUCUUCCGCGACUUUAACUCUACUCGCCGAACCCGUGAUGGUCCCUAUAGGCAGUGGACCAGCUAUGGCUCGACAACAGCAUUCAACGAAACCGGAACUCGCCCUAACCAGACCACAUGGGGCCCUGAGAUCACCGUUGCGUACGGCAGCACUGUCUUCAGUUCCGUUCUCUUUGCCCUUGGCCAGGCUGGGGCUCGACCAAAAGGCAUCGAGUACAUGUCUCGUUCCAGAAACCACCUGCGCGACCUUGCAUUCAACAUGCCUUCAUACAUGGAAGCAGCCGUGUUCCCGGUUCUGAACAAUUUGGAGAAGCUUCAUCUGGAUGUUUACUUGACUGGCGAUGACGGCUUCUCGGCCUACCCUUCAGCCACCUUUUCGGAUGCAAACAUGCGCCGGUUUUUGCUCCAGGUCACGAAUGUCAAGCACCUGCGCAUCAACGAAACUCAGGGCAGCGACACUGGACCAGGAGCUCUUCUCGGAUGGCUGGGUCAGACUUCAAACCCUUCAACGUCUGGGGCUUCGGCGAACCCUGCAACAUCCGCACCAAGCGUGCCAACCGGCGUCCCACCAACACCGCCACCUUCUUUCCCCUUGCUCGAAGAGCUCAACUUGGGCAUGAUGAGUGUGUCGCCAAGUCGAGUGUUGGAAGCCCUUGCAAAGUUCGCUCCAACCCUCCAGCGGUUGGAGAUGCAUAAAGUGAUACUUACUCGGCGCCUCCCGAAAGACUCGACAGGUCCUCCCCCGAAGAUCAGCUUCUGGACCAAGUUCCUCGAAAAACUCAAGGACGUGCCAAACCUUGACCUUCAUCACAUCAAAAUCAGCUGCCCCCAACAGCAAUGGCUUUCACGACCCGCCAAGUCUCCCGUCAACUUCCAGGCCGACAACAAGAACGCCAUGGAGUACACCGGCCCCGACUGGAAGCACUUUGUGGGCGAGAUGAUUCCCAAGGUGGUUGUGUACUACACUCCGGACGAGGGGGAUCCAGACAGCGAUAGUGACGAUGGUAUUUGGGACCAAUACGCACUUGAUUUGUAG